AUGUUUUCCAAGAUAAUCCUCGCUGCUCUGUUAGCUGUGACGGCAUCCUAUGAGCAUGGUCAUGCACCAGCAUACUCCUCGCAGCAUAUUUCGAGACACGACGGCCCAGCUGAAGUGGUUCAUGUAAAGGGAUACGAUCACGGCAAGGGACAUUAUGACACGGUUGACUACCACGCAUACCCAAAAUAUGCGUUCGACUACAAAGUAGAAGACCACCACACUGGAGAUAUCAAGUCCCAGCACGAGGUUCGUGAUGGUGAUGUGGUGAAGGGAGUGUAUGCUCUGCACCAGCCCGAUGGCUCUGAGAGAGUUGUACACUACCAUGGAGACAAACACACUGGUUUCCACGCUGAUGUCAAGUAUGGCACUCAUCAUGUUGUACCAAAACAACACGACGGACAUUACUAA